AUGGAUGAAUAUAUUACGGUAUAUGUAUCAAUUUAGUUUAGAAUUAUGGAGAAUUAGAAAGAAUGAUAGAUAGAAUCCCUGUACCAGACAUUACUGUUUCUUCUUUGUCUUAAAACUCUGAAUAAGUCACUCCAUAAUCAAAAAAAUAAUAAUCACUCACAAGAGAAUAGGUAUAGAAAAUAAUGAGAAAAGUAACUGAAUAAUCACAUUAUCCAACAACAAAAUAGAAAAUUCACACUUUGCAAACUUUUAAUUGUAAAGAAAGUUAAAAUGAUGAAUAGUUGUUUAAGUAAAUUUAGUUAAGAGAUAACCAAAAAAAUGAAGAAUUAUAAAAAAUGCAAUAAUAAGUUUCCGAUUAGUAAAAAGUAAUUUAAUAACAAAUCUAAUAAAUUGCAUAAAUGAAUAAUUAAAUUGAAUUUUUAACAAAUGAGCUCCAAGACUAUUAAGAAAAGAGUUAAAGUGAUUUAAAUACCUUAUAGUAGUUAUAUGCUAUAAAUGAUUAAUAGAAAUAAACAAUUGAAGAAAUAAGGAAAGAAUUAUAAGUAGCGAAACGAGUAAGUUCACAAUAAUUAUAUAAAGAAUAAGAUUCAAUCCAUCAGAUAACAUAACUAAAAUCAAAAAUUAAUAACUUAUAAUCUGAAAUAAAUAAAACCAAAACAACCUUAACUAUAACUUCUCCAACUAAUGAAACAUUACAAACUGGGAUUUUGACUAAUAGAAUAGACCCAGAGUUGUUGAGUGAGGAUGAAACACUUCAUAUGCUUGUAUGUUUAUUAAGCAGAGUAUCGAAAAGCUAGAGAAUGACAUAUUUGUUGAAGAAAAAUACUGACUUCAGAUAUUUGUUUAGAUUGAAGCGAAGUUAACCUAGCAUAAACAAAAUUUCAUUUAUUCAAAAUAGUAAAUCUGUUUGCGAUAGAAAACUUUCAUACAACCAAGAAAAUUUUAAGUAGAUUGUAAAAAAUGUAGGUAUUAAAAAUCAUUGA